GACAACCUUCAGAUGUCUGAGGGCUGAAUAGUCCAAAAUAAAAAGUAUUUAGGGAAGAAAUUUAGUCGAUUUAUAUAAAACCCUGGAAAGCAAACGCAAACUCGCAAAAAACAAGCAGAGGCAUGUUUUACAGCCAUUUAUUAUCUGUUUAGAAGUGACACGCGAUAUUGGGAACCGCAAAAGUUAAUUAAAGUCUUGAACUAUGGCUGCAGUAGGUCGCGUCAGGAAUAUGGGAUGCAUCCCUUUCCUGGACGAGGAGGGCGAAUUCACGAAACCGAUCGCCAUAGUCGAAUGUCGCAAGGACUCGUGCUACGAUUCGGCGAAAUCGCCGUCUCAAAGAAUGUACAUGCACCAAACUUUAGCCAGCGCCAGACGUUACGUGCAUUUUAAGCCUUUCGACAAUCUGGUUCCAAAAGAUGAUCUGGACUUGGUACUGGGUUCCACCUACAACCAAUCGACCGAAGUGUUCGCCGAGAAAGUCGACGCCGUUCUACAACCGGAAACUAGGGAUAUCAAAACGUGGCGGCGUCUGAGGAACACUAGAGAUUUGACUCCGGAUAGAGAACAAAUGGCGGCGAGCAAAGUUUUGGCUCAGGAAUCCAGGCAACGGAAACGAACCACUGUGCCUUUCAGAUAUAAUUUUGCCCAUAAAGUCCUUAUCGGCGGAGUACUAGAACACAAACAUCCAAGCAGUAUAAAGCUGAUGAACUCUUCGCACCAUGCGCCUCAAACGAAUGCGGGUUAUUCCAGGCAACCUUCUGACGGCAACUUUUACCAAUACUAGAAAAAUUAUUAUAACAAAAUUAAAAUUUAUUAUUUGGCA